AUGUAUUGCAAGAAACACGCUGUAGGUAUUAAGGAUAUACAGAAAACAAACAUUUUCAAAGUUAGUUCCUGCGCAGCGGAGCCGCUUGCCUCCUCCUUUUCAAGUGCCGACUACCAGGCGGUCACAGCUCCGAGGCUUUUACGUCUUCUCUUCAAGAGAGAUAUUAACACACAUAACUAUAGCAGACCUAGCGUAAGGUGGAGGAAAAUUUUAAUGUAUGAUAGAAUACAAUGCACCCGCUUUCUCUAUUGUACACUUGGAGCGCAGAAACCAGACGAGGAAAUACGAAGAGGUUUAAUAUUAAUGCUCAGGGUUCCGUGCCCAAAGGGAUUGAAAUUAAUUGUUUUAAAAUUGCCUAUUAUGGAACCAAAUACGGAAGACAGAACAUCUUUGAAGAUUUUCAAAGAAGCAUAUAAAUUGGGCCAGCACUUUAAUGAAGAAGCGACCUGCAGGGUGGAGUAUCCAAUGUGCCCUUUUAACAGUCAUCUGUUGAUUGAUCUCAUAAGAUAUUUGUUGCGUCACCAGAACGCUACUAAG